AACCCUGUGAUAAAUGUCGGAUAAAUUUAACCCAGGGUUAAUUUUUUUGGGUAAGUGUUGUUGCAUCAUUUUGGUUAAACUUAUCCAGCGUUUUGUCUGGAUAAAUUUAACCCUGGUCUAAAGGUUGGUUAAAAUUUAUCCAUGUAAACAAACAAAAUGGCCGAAUUUUAUCUGUAUCGGAAUGCACGCAAUAAUCGACAACAUUCUUUGAAUGUUGAUUUAAAUGAUGAAGAAAUGCGCAGUCGUUAUAGAUUUUCAAAUGAAAAUAUUGAUAGAAUUUGUGACUUAAUAGGCGGAAAAAUCGAAAGAUCGACACAGCGUUCAAACGCACUUUCUGUCAAACUACAGGUUUUAAUUACAUUACGGUACCUGGCGUCCGGCAAUUUUAUGCAGACCGUGGGGGACACUUUCUGCGUCGAUAAAGGUACUGUUUCCAGAGUGGUAAAGUCCGUUGUCAGCCAGUUGUGUUCCCUCAAAAAUCGGUUUAUCACAUUUCCAACGACAGCUGAAGUUGUACGCAGGGAACAAAACGCAUUUUACAAUAUGCAUGGUUUUCCCUGCGUUAUAGGGUGCAUUGAUGGCACACAUGUCCGCAUACUGUCUCCAGGCUCCCCUGCUGAGAGAGACUAUGUUAACCGGAAAAACUUCCAUAGCAUCAAUGUGCAAGUGACAUGUGACAGCCGAGGUCUUAUCACCAGCAUCAAUGCAGCAUGGCCGGGAGCUGCACACGAUGCCCAUGUCUUCAGAAGUUCAGCAAUAGGAAAGUACUUAGAUCGGCAUCACCGAAGUUUGGAAAAUGGUGUUCUUCUUGGGGACAGUGGGUAUCCCUGUCGCACGUUCCUGCUGACACCGUAUCUAAACGCUACUAACGCUGUCCAAGAACGGUACAAUGACAGUCACAGCAAGACACGAUGCUGCAUUGAGCGCCUCUUUGGUGUUUGGAAGAGACGCUUUCACAUCCUUCACGCUGAGAUAAGACUGAAGCCAGAGAAAUGCAGCAAUGUGAUUAUAGCGUGUGCUGUUCUUCACAAUCUUGCCAAACUGUGGGGUGAGCCGGAAGUACUUCCCGAGGACGAACUGCGUUACGUGGAAACCCCGGCAUACAUCGGGCACCAGGAUGGUCGUGGUAUACGAGACCAUAUCGCCAAUAACUAUUUUGAUCGCUGAAAUGUGCACAUGCAUAGAAAGCAAACAUGAGAAAAAGUAAAAAAAAAUAUAUAAAGUGGCAUUAUCAUAUAUUUAUAUAUAUACAACCAAAAAUAUGAACAGUUACCCAUGUGUGUGACAGUGGUUUUUUAACAUAUUUUGCACAUAAAAAGAAUUUACCGUCGCUUAAAGCAAACUAUUUC